GGCGGAGUGAUUCAUAACACAGAAGAAGAAAACCUUCACACGGUCUUGUUUUCCUCAGCGUGUUCCGCCAGGUCCUCUUCAGGAACGAGGACCCAAAAUGCGCAUUGAAAAAUGCUAUUUCUGUUCGGGGCCUGUCUACCCCGGGCAUGGGAACAUGUUUGUUCGAAAUGAUUGCAAGGUCUUCAGAUUUUGCAAAUCCAAGUGUCACAAAAACUUCAAGAAGAAGCGUAAUCCAAGAAAGACCAGAUGGACUAAAGCCUUCAGGAAAGCGGCAGGAAAGGAGUUGACAGUGGAUAAUGCUUUGGAGUUUGAGAAACGUCGAAAUAUUCCCCUUAAAUACCAGCGUGAGCUUUGGAGCAAGACAGUGGAAGCAAUGAAGAAAGUAGAAGUGAUCAAAAAUAAACGACAGGCACGAUUCAUAAUAAACAGACUGAAGAAGGGCAAACAGCUGGACAAGGAAGAGGCCAUCAUCUCGGUCAAGAAGAACAUUCACCUGAUCAGGGCACCACAUGCGGGGAAAGCCAAACAAUUGGAAGAAAAGAUGUUGCAGAAGUUGGAAGAAGACGUGGUCAUGGCAGAGGAUAACAUUGAUCCCACGGCCUGAUGCACUUUUUAAUCCAUCGUGCUCCAUACUUCAAUAAAAUAGCAACAGCUGUUCCUUUUCUUUUACUUCCUAAGGAUCCUAAAGGAAUGUAAACUCCCCUCCAGUGAGCUGUAUUACGCCAAUGUUUUUUGUACCAAUGUUCAGAAUGAGCAUUUAUUCCCUCGGAUAAUAUUACUUUGUUAAACAGUGAAAAUAAUUCAAAAUUGACAAAACCGUUGGAAUAUUCUGUAUAUAAGUUAUUCUGUUUAACCAUUUAUUCCACAUUGCACAUGUGGUUCGGGUUUUCAAGUUGGCCCAUUCUAACAAAUGUGACAAAUGGAUGAUAUCUUUUGAAAACUAAAUAAAAGCUAAUUGUACUCAUGAA